GUUAUGCUAUGUUAUGACAGAUGGCAGUGUAAGCCAAGGUCAAAGAUACUUUAUAUCACAGUUUAUCUCAGUCAAUACUGUGAGGUAACCCAUGAAAGCAGGAGUGAAGUGAAGUAGUUGAAUAAGUUGUAGAUUAGAAAUCUAACAGUAAAUACAGAACAGAUAUUUUCCUAAAAGUUUAAAGUGUGGUUUCGUAGUGAUCGGUAUAUAAUAUAGUGAAUUUGAAUUAGUUGUUGUUUAUGAACAAUGGCAGUAAGAGGGAGACAUAUUUUGAGGAAACUCUUGAGUGAAUACAAGAUGUUAAAGAGACAAAGCAGCAGUGUAAAGCUGAGCUACUAUCACCAACCAACGUCAGAGCCUCUGCGUUACCAGACAAUCGGCCAGCUGGCCACCACAGCUGCAGAUAAAUGGCCAGACACUGAGGUGGUAGUGUCUGUCCAGCAAUCCCAGACACUAACCUUCAGUCAGGCAGAACAUCAGGCCAACAAGCUAGCAGCUGGGUUUCUAGAGCUGGGUCUUCAGCCUGGAGACAGACUAGGUAUUUGUAGUCCAAACUCUACACAAUGGUUCCUUACUGCGGUGGCAGCAGCCAAGGCUGGACUCAUACUGGUAUCCAUGAACCCUUCGUACAUGGCACAUGAACUAGAGUACUGCCUGCAAAAAGUAAGAGUAAAAGCUUUGGUGGUACCUAAAAGUUACAAAACCAUAAACUACUACAAAAUGUUGAGUGAGAUCUUCCCUGAACUUCCAACAUCUCCAGCCAAUUCAAAACUCACGAGCACAAAGUUACCUUACUUUUCCUGCAUAAUUGUCAGCACGGAUGAGAGUUUACCGGGAACGAUUCGAUUUUCAGAUGUUGCUGAUAGCACAGAUAGCUUAACGAAAUUGCAAGAGACAAAUCAAAGGCUGCGUCCAGAACAUAUUGGGAAUAUACAGUUCACAUCAGGUACCACAGGAAAACCCAAGGCAGUUCCAUUGAGUCACUUCUUAUUGAUAAAUAACUCUUACUUUUGCGGGAAAAGACUUGGCUUGGGAGAAAAGCAUUACAAGAUCCUAGUACAACCCCCGUUUUUCCAUGUGUUGGCCUACAUCAGUGCUUUACUAGGAAGUCUAAACUUCGGCAGCACCUUAGUCUUGCCAUCACCCACGUUUAAUGCUUCAGCAUCAUGUGAGGCAGUAAGGAGAGAGAGUUGCACAAUGCUGCUGGGAACCCCCACCAUGUACGUAGACUUGUGCAGUCAUGUCUCCAACUUACCAGCUGAUGAGCAACUGUUGCACCAGUCCCCAGAGAUGGCCGUCAGUGGUGGAGCUCUGUGCACUCCAGAACUCUUCCGCAAGAUGAAGAACACCUUUUCCUGUGACAGGGUCAUGUCUGUAUAUGGACUGACAGAAACAACAGCGAUGUGUUUCACUUCAACCAGGGAAGAUUCAGAGUUCCACAUGACUUCAACUGUUGGAAAGGUGUCUGAAAAUGUUGAGGCAAAGGUAGUAGACAAAGAGGGGUUGACAGUACCCUUUGGUACACCGGGAGAGCUGUGGAUGAGGGGAUACAACAUGACAGGGUAUUGGGAAGAUACAGUGGCUACGGAUAUGACACUUACAAGAGAUGGCUGGAUUAAGACUGGAGACAGGUUUGUACUUGGGGAAGACGGAUAUGGACAAGUUGUUGGCAGAAUCAAGGACAUGAUCAUCCGAGGAGGAGAAAACAUAUCACCAAGGGAGGUAGAGGAUUAUCUAGUCACACACCCAAACAUCUUGGAUGCACAGGUGUACGGAGUGUCCAAUGAGAGACUAGGAGAAGAGGUUGGAUGCAGCUUGAGACUGACUCCCGGAGCUAAACUGACUGAACAAGAGGUCAAGGACUUCUGUAAAGACAAGAUUGCUUACUUUAAAAUACCAAAAUACAUCGAAAUUGUGGAGGACUUUCCAAAAACUGGAUCUGGAAAAAUUCAAAAAUACAAGUUGCGAGAGGCAAUGGAGAAGAAAUUGGCAGUGAAAUAAAUAUGAUUUAUG